ACGAGUGUUGCGGGCGGAGGGAAGCAAAGAUAACUGGCGUCCCGGCAGCGUCCUGGCUGCAUCCCGGUCCUAGCUGCAUGUCCUCAAGGUUCCGCGACGCAGUGACCCCUGAAGGCGUCCUGGAGCAGCGCUUGUGCUGAUAAACUUAUCAGACCUCUAGCUGGCCAUGUGAUGAAUUCAAGGAUCACACCCAGUGGUACAACGGCCAUUGGAGAACUGAGUUUUGAGCACGUUCACUCCACACCUGGAAAGAUGGUGUCCCAAUCCACAGGCCAGCAAGACUAUCCUAUGGACUCCUGUGAAAGGACCAGCCAUGCCUUUCAGGACGCUGAUGGCUUGCCCAGUGUCCUGGACACUGACCAACCUGCUUGCCAGUUAGAUGUGAGACUCGUAAGACACAAAGCUUCCUGGAUCAACCCACUGUGUGUGCAGCAGCCACUUCGAGAAUCAGGCCUCCAAAGACCAACGGCGCAGAACAGUGAGAACCACGUGGUCGUGGACACUCCCUCUCCCUCGGACCUUUCGAUAUUGCCCCAGAGGGACUCCCUGGCUGAGAUGUCAUUGUCUGAGAAUACUGCUGAUGUCAUCUGCAACAGCUCUGCUUAUUGCUCCUGGGGAGAGAAGGGUGACUUCUUCCUGGCUACAGAAGAGCAAGAGGCUCAUCCUCAGCAGAAGUCUCUGCUCAAAAACCCCAAGGCUGUGGCCACUUCCCCAUUCUCUAAGGCCAGUGUCCAUUCUGAGUCUCCUCAUUUGACAGCUUCUACGGAUGAUGGUGAUGCUCAGAGCAGCAGGAGCCAUUCUUGGAAUUUCUUCCCACUGGAGACAUUCAUUCUGCCUGCUGACAUGGAAAAGGAAAACGUCCACUUUUAUGCUGCAGACUUGAUCAUCUCAGUAAUAGAGAAUUUGAAGUGCAGUCUUCUGAGUCAACAGCAGCCAGGGAGUUCGGGCACAGAAGAGGCCAGCAGGUCAUGUGGGACUGGAGCAGAAGUGACCUUUCAUACCCAUGCAAAGCAGGAGCCAGACCCCUCCGCUUCUUCACACACUGGCUGUGAAGGUUGCGCUGCACUCCAGGUCAGCCCAGUGGCUGAGGCACUUUCUUACUGUCCUGUGGCGAUAGAGGCCUGCACACUUGACUUGAACAAAUUGGUCAUAUUAGAACUUGGGAAAUCCAAUGACCUCACGGAAGGCUGCAGAGGCUCCUAUAGCUCUUCAGAGAGUGCAACUUGCAAGUCGAAUCUCAGUCUUGCUGGGCUCUUAGCCAGAGAGUUGUUCCGAGGGUUCUAUAAGUACUGGAUGCUGUCAGAAGAAGUCACUCGUCAGCCUCCAGGCUCCCUGAUCCCCGCUAGCUCAGGAGUUGGGGAAGAAGAACAAGCUGAGGAAGAGCUUGACUCCAGUGUGGAUACAGCACGGGAAGUCAUGCUUAAGUCCAGGGUCCCAGGGACUGAAGACUGGGUGCCCCCUCCAUGCCAAAUCAUACUUACUGUUCACCCGCCAGUCAAGAGGGACAUAGCAGUCGUGGCCCAGAAUUUCUUCUGUGCUGGAUGUGGGACUCCCAUACAACCCAAGUUUGUGAAGCGGCUCCGAUACUGUGAGUACCUCGGGAAGUACUUCUGUGACAGAUGCCACUCAUCUGCAGAGUCCUGUAUCCCUGCUCGGAUCCUGCUGAUGUGGGACUUCAGGAAGUACCAAGUCAGCGAUUUCUCUAAAUGGCUACUGGACAGCAUAUGGCAUCAGCCCAUCUUCAACCUGUUAAGUGGGCAUCACAGCCUCUAUGCAAAAGUCAAGGAACUGGAUAGGGUGAAGGACAUCCAGGAGCAACUUUUUCAUAUCAAGAAGCUGUUGAAGACUUGCAGGUUUGCUGACAGUGUGCUGAAGGAGUUUGAACAGGUUCCCAGUCAUUUGACUGAUGAAUGCCACAUGUUCUCCAUGGACGACUUCCUCAGGACCAAGAAAGGACUGUUGGCACCUUUGCUCAAGGACAUCCUGAGAGCUUCUCUUGCCCACGUGGACAGCUGUGAGCUGUGCCAGGGAAAGGGCUUCAUUUGUGAGUUUUGCCAGAGCACGACUGUCAUCUUCCCAUUUCAGACCAUGACUUGUAGAAGAUGUGCAGACAGGCACCGCCACCGAACCCGGACAUCAUUAAUUAGCUAGACUGGCCAGCCAGCAAGACCAAGCGGUCCUCUUCCAUGUGGCAUUACAGGUACACACCUCUGUGCACACCUCAUGUGUGUGCUGGGGUCUGAGGUUGAGUCUUCGUGCUACUGCAGCAAGCUCUUCACCACCAUGUCUAAAUUGGUAACCGGUUAUACCGAAGACAAUGCCAUUUUCCAUAGUGAAGCUGGGGCCCUCUAACAGUUAUAUUAAAAUUUUGAGCACAAUGCCGAGAAGACGUAUGAAACCAGAGUUAAGUCAAUUCAGACUUCUAGCCCACAUGCUAGAAGGAGAGAACAAACUCCCAUAGGUUGUCCUCCGAACUCCACACGUGUGCCAGUGUCUUUCCUUAAGCAUGGGUCUAAGUGUCGCCAGUCGGGGUGGGAGGGAGACAGACAGAAAUCAAGAAUACAGCCGAUUCUUUGUGAAGAACAUCACUGACUAAAGCAAAGCUUUGUGGAGACGAUUGUCUCUAGAUCCAUUCCAGCCCCUAGCUUCGGUAUGGCAAAGAAGCAGGGUCAAAGGUCAGAGUCGAUUUGGAAAGCACGGCUCACAUUACUCAGGAGGGAGUCAUUCACUUCAGUGGGUUGACAUUUCCUCACCUGGAGGUGGGGAGGCACAGUCAGUCUGUGCAGAUGUGAGUCUCCUGUGACUUUGUCUGUCAGGAAGUAUAAAGCAGGGGUUUCAACCAUGGAGGCUGCAGCUGGCAUUUGGUGAGUGGAGGACAGAGAUGCUGUUAAAUGCUCCCAUGGCAAAUCCUCUGAUUCAAAAUAUUAGCCUGCUAAACAGUAGGGCCUGGUGAGAAGCCCUUCUCUAAUGAGUUUGGGGAAUACAGAUCUAUUAAAACUUAUAGGAAAAUAAAUUUGUCAUUUGAUUCAGAGCCAGAGGAAGACCUUCAGUGUUCACUGGGCAGGGUGAGCAGCCAGCUAUAGGCUGGCCACAGCCUCAAAGGAAAGAAAGGACCUGAUUGGUUCAGGCUCCACACUUGCCUUAUUUAGCAUGGUUUCAUCUAGGGACUUCCUAUGAUUGGCUGAAACUUGCAGCUUAUGAUUGGCUGACAUACAUACACACUAUAUACAUACAUACAUACAUACAUACAUACAUACAUACAUGUAUGUAUGUAUGUAUGUAUGUAUGUAUGUAUGUAUAUUCAGGGCUGACUUUAGGCUCACUCAGUGGCCUCAGACCUAUGACUGAGGACAUGAUGCCACCAGGUCUCUGGUUCCUCGGUAGCCACAGGUUUGCUGGUGAGAGUAAUACCAUCAAACGGGCCUCUUGAAGGUCAAAUGUUCAAGGUUUGGAGGUCAGCAGCCACCCCUAACAGUGCUCUAUUGAACCUUAGCUUGCAAGUGUAGUUUUGAGUCUGCUGUAAUGCUAGAUAUGACUGGCAGAGGGCACUGGUGACACAGCCAUGCCUUGUAUGUUCUUAAUGUCCUGUGCAAGGCUUAGCAGGUGACCUUUUGCUGAUUUCUUGGAAAUUGCUGAUAGCCUGGAGUUUUAGAGCUGAGGAACUCCAGCAACAACCCCGAAGCUGGAUUCUGACUGGUCCAUCCAUGAGGUCAGAUAUGGAUGUGGAUCUGCGUGGCCCUCACAACACAGCUCCAGGGUUGGCAGCACUAACUUUCUGAGGAAAAAGCCACAAAAUGGAUUAGUAUUAGUAUUAGGGAGCAGCUGAAUGGAGGGCAGGUGGCUGGUGACGCCUGCGGCUAUGGAAAGUGAGCUCAGCAGGCCACAGAGGCAUAAGCCUGCUCACAGAGAUCUGCUUUUGCUUCCCAAGUGCUGGGAUUAAAAGCGUGUGCCACUACACCUGGUUCAGUGUGGUUUUGUUUUGCAUUUUGCAACAGCAUGAAAGCGUGAAGGCGUCAUUCGACUCUCGAAGGGGUCAUUACCCACAGGUUGGGAAAUGCUGCCUUAAGCCUUGAACUGAAUGUAUUGUGCUCAUGCCUAUAAUCUCGGCAGCCUAGGGGUGCAGUCUGGAGGAUUGAUGGGCAUCACAGGACAGGACUACAGAAGGAUACCCUAUCCCAAAAGAGACAAAAGGAAAGAAAAAAUUAAAAUAUCCAAGUAAGCAGACAGAGCUCCAGGUGUCCUGAACUUCCUCGGAGAGGAUCUCUCUAGAAGCCAAAGGACACCAGGUCUGGAGCCUAUCGCAGCUUAGGGGGUCCUUACCCCUCAGUCCUCACAGCACUGAUACCCUACAGCAGCAAGUGGGAAGGAUGUGGGGGAGACCAAAAGUGUGCAAAACAAAUGUAGAGGCCGCUUCUCCACAGCUGUAAGGAUGGUCUUGAUCUUCCAAAGCCCUUCCAUGUGCCCUCGACAUCUAAAAUUCCAUUAAAACAGAAAUUCAGAGAAGUCCAAGUUCCGUUCGCUCACUGUAGAAGCAUAGAGGAUCAACUGCAUCUCCCUCUUUCCAGAAACUUACUGAGAUUACAAGUAUAGGAAAGUCGAGGAGAACACAGCACGCUGUAUAAGAAGGAGCAUCAAGUAGGACUAACUCAGCAGUUUCGACUGAAGCGAGGCUUCGAGGCUUCGAAUGCUGGCUGGUGUCUGAAGUCAUUGGUCCUCCUCAGUCCUCCCAUCACCCCUCCCCCUCUCAAGUCCACCUUGGAAGGCCGAGACAGAGUGAGGCCGCCUGGGCUAAAGGUGGAGACGUGUGUGUGUGUGUGUGUGUGUGUGUGUGUGUGUGUGUGUAGCACCUUGAAAAACUUCAGAGAAUCCUGCCAAGCAGAGUUUGAGAUAUGGAUGUAAGUUGAGCACAAGGGGAUUGAGUGAAAAACUGCACAUUGAAGAGAUGGGUUCGCCCCCCCCCACAUGCUGCCUUCAGGAGUUGGGGAGCCAUGAUGAUGUUUCCCCCUAAGACUGCUUUAACUGAAACUGUGACAGACUGACUAAAAGUCCCUCUUAGGAACCUAGGAGUAAACAGCCAUAUUCCCAUAGACUGGUGUCUGCACUCCCUCUUCUCUGACGCGAGCACCUUCUGCAUGGAGGUGAGGUCACAGAGCUGAGGAUUCUGCUAUGUUUGUGGCUCCCUGGCCUUACGGCUCCCAAGUGAGUUUGGACAAUUAGCAGCCCCCCAGACAGAGUUGAGGGAGGAAGGGCAGAGAAAUCUCCCUUGUCUGCUCCCAAGAGUAUCCUCCUGUGAGGCUGCCUUGAGUUCCUUGGCCAAAGGUCAUAGCGCCUGUCGCAGAAUCCACUCUGUAUACCAGGUUGUCCUUCUUAGUUCUGAAAACCUCCAUCUCCCUCAUCUCUUGAGGAGAUGGAGCAGUUAGAGUUCUACUACUGUCAAUCAAGGUUGAGCCACACCCAGUCCAUCCCUUCCUGAGCGCAGAACAGCUGUGUUGGGUUUGCAACCUCACUGUUGUGGAGGCUUUUGGAUGCUCCUGCUGUGGGCUGGGCUGAAUAUGGAGGACAAAGGAAGAGAUCCCACAGAAGAUGGAGUCGCUGUGGAUCUUGAUGCCGUUUCCCCAACACAGUGGGUCAGGGGAUCCAUCAAAGUGUGAAGGAGUGGCAGUGUGGUCUGACCUGGGUCUGAUCGCCAACAUUUUUCGUGGAAACCUCCUAUAGGCAAACCUUGACUAGAUCUGUUCUGGAAAUUUCUAUCCAGGUUGGCCAUAUUGACACAUAAUCACCUCAGGAAUUCUAGUCCCCUUCCUAUGUUCAGGUCUCCCUUUUGUGCGUGACAAAAAGAAAAUUUAAUUGGAGUAGCUUAUACCUCAUGGCAUUUCUGAGGCACUGAAGAUGAGGAAUAACAGUAAGCCUUUGGUGCUAAUCAAACUUUAGAACAGCAAAUGGGGUGUCUGGAGAUGGGGAGGGAGCUCACAGAACAACAGCAUUUCACAACUCAGAGCUUUAUCUGGAUAUACAUUAAGACAGGAAGUCUGGGGGAGGGGGAGUUUUGACACAUAUUUUGAAACUGGCCACUUGCUUGAGAGAAAUUGUGAGAAGCUACCAUAUUUAUGAACACGUGUGUGAGAGAAAAGAAUAACCCAUGCAAAUACAGACCUUGUACAUGGUCUCUGAAUAUAUCAUAUUUACAAAGAUUGGGAAACUGGAUCCAAGGAGUCACAAUAAAACCUAAACCAGAGCCACAGGACACUACAGUCCUCAGCAGAACAAAUGGAGGGCUUCAUAGCCCAGGGCUCCCGAGAUUGCUCUGGAAAAAUAAUGUUUACCAAAAAUAAUUACAACUAAAAAAAGUAUUAGUCCAAAGAGGAAAUCAUCCCCCAAGAAGGAGUCCACAAGCAAGGUUAGCAUGAGGAGAAGGUGACAAGCCAGACAACUGAAGCUACAAAACGAGCACAUCUAUAGGACUCAUUUGAUGGGAUUAUAAGUCAUAACAAAAGAAUAAAUACAGUGAAAACCAGUCAACACGAAUCAAUCAGAAUCAAAAGGGCUACUAUAAAAACUGAUUUAUGAAACAAAGACUGUAUCAGAAAUAGAUGGGAAACAGGAAGAUGAAUGUGACAGAGUCCUCUAGGGUGUUGGACACGGGAACAAACAGAUGAAGAGGGAGAGGAAAUGGAGGACCAGAGACGCUACAGAUAACAUUUCCCAGGGAUUCUAGAACAACCAGAAAACCUGGACGAGCCCAGGGCUGAGGAUUUUCUGGAAAGGAAUAGUACAGCUUCAGUUUGAGGGUUAAACCAAGUUCACACUAGACAUAUCCCACUGCAGCCUCAGAGAGACGUGGGAGGCACUGAGAAGUCACACGGGCUGCCAGCAGAGGGAUGUUGGUUACACAGAGGGCAGGCGUGCCAUUGUAACCGUUCUGGGACCUCCGCGUCAAAGGGCUAACAUGGAAAAGCCACCAGCCUAGAACCGAUUCUCAGCUCAAUUGCUACUGUGGAGCGAUGUGAGACAAAGGCAUUUCAUACAGAAAUAUCAACUACCACAGAAAUUUCAACUGACUCAAAUAUAUCUUCUAAAAAUUAGCAUUUUCCUUACAUGAUCCAAUUCUAUAAAAAAAAAGUAAUAAAAAAGAAAAUGCUGGACAUGGUGGCUCAUACCUGGAAUCCUAUCACUAGGGAAGCUGAGGCAGGAGGAUGGGUUCAAGUUAGAGGCUGGCCUGGGCUACAUACUGAGUUCCAGGUCAGCUUGAGUUACAUGGAAGAGCUUGUCUUAAACAACAAGAAAUUUUCCCACUUUUACCAAACAAGUCGAGGGGGGAAAAACCCCAAACUCUGGGUUAUUUCUUCUUAAUCUCCAAGAUGCCUUGCAAUCGGAAGGUCUUUUAUUUAUUUAUUUAUUUAUUUAUUUAUUUAUUUAUUUAUUUAUUUAUUUUUUAUCUAAUCCAUUGUUCUUAGAUUUAGUUUAGCUAGGCUGCAGUGACAAUGAUGACCCAGGGCCUUACAACAAGAGAAGUUUAUUUCUUUUUUUUUUUUUUUUUGAGAAGUUUAUUUCUUACUGUCUAGGACUUGUAUUGCUGUAAGAGAAGGCAAGCAACUCAUGGCUGAGAACCACACAACAGCUCUGAGAGCCUUUGGUAAGACAGAGGAUGCUAUCACCUUACAUUCCAUUAACAAAGAAAUCAGGUUCUCAGCCAAGCCCCAAUGCUAAUGACCAAGGGAAAUGGCUUCUGCAGGAGGGCGAGAUAAAUCACGUGGUAAAGGCAUGGGUGUGAUAAGCCUUCUGCAUGGAGAGCAUAGGCAAUUUGGAAAAGCUAUUGGCAACUACUACAUAGCUCAAAAGCUAUCGUGUUCUUGAAAAUUGUUGAGUGUAAUUUCCUGCAUAUAUAUAUAUAUAUUUAUAAAUAUAAUGCAGUAUAUAUUUAUAUAUAAUAUAAUUACAUGUUUAUACAUAAUUAUAUAUACUUAUAUAAACAUAAUUAUAUAAAUAUAUGCAUAAAUUUGUUAUAUAUAAAUUAUAUAUAAAAUAUAUAAAUUACAUUUAUAUACAUUUAUAUAUUUAUUUAUUUAUUUAUUUACAGCAUCUGCUAUUAGCCCUCGGACCUAUGGCACUAUUGGUUUUUAACUCUGGGGCUACAGUGACUACGACACAGGACCUCUUUGACAACACUUUACUUUGUGAUUAGAGUGUUGUGUCUGAGAAGCAUGCACAGGGCUUCGAGAUCAUAAGGUCUUGCUAGUGUGACUAAUGGUGCAGUGCAGGGCAGUGUGCACACUGAUGGAGACGGCAAUUGGUUUGCUCUCCCUCUGCCAGGGCAGCAUCAGUGUGAGAACUGAUCCUGACAAACACAGUCUGCUUCCAAGUGGCCUCACUCAAUAAACCCAUUCAGUUCUAGCACUACGUAGCCAACUGCCAGCAUCACAUGGACCCAAUUCUGUCUUUCACAGAUAUUAUAAAUCCCGGAAACUUGAAACAAUUAGCAAACUGUCCAGAGAGUUAUUAAAAAUAAUUUUCAUACAAAAAUAUUCCAGUCAGUUGGCACAGAGGUUUGAGGGCCCUGAUGGCUGCUCAUGCUACAGGAACCAAACACCAGAUGGUAGUGGUUGUGAUGCUUCAUGAAGCAGAGGUUAGCUGCCCUCAGCAGACAUCCUGACCCUCCCAGAAAUGCCCCAAAGAUGCAUUUCAGCAGGGGGCCCUGGUGAGCCACCUACAGGCUCCAUCUGAAGUAGAGAUGUAGCCAAAAGAGCCAGGUCGCUUCAGAAAGGAAGUAUGGCACAGAGGGAGGAAGAGGGAGGAAGGCGGAGGACACGAGAUGGGAGGAAGGUGAAAGGGCGUGGUGUGGGGGUGGUGUCAUGGUAAGGAUAAGUGUGAAGGAGAGGGUGGUGUGGAGGUGAAGGAGUCUAGGGUUCCCUCUGUGACAGACAGAAAGGGCUCCCACCCCAACUCACCCUACACCUACAUCCAAAUCCCUCAGCGAGUGCUGAGGUCCUGUAAAACCUGCAGUUGACAGAACUCCUGACUGACCACGCAAUAGGGAAGCUACCGCCAGCAUUAACCCGAAGACACCCCCCCUCCCAUUUCAAGCUUCAGAACUUCAGAAUUGUGAGCAGCUAAGACUGUGAUUAAUUUUCAGUCGCUGGUUUGUGGUUGUUACAACAGCAACAGGGAACGGAUACACCUGCCAUCUGAGUGUGUGACUUCCUUCGCGGAGCUGCUGCUUCGCCGCCUUUUCAAGACACGGCCCCUGGAGAGCGCACCAUAACGUGGUAUUUAUUGGCAGAGUCUGGAAAACAAGCUAGCCAAAGCAGGAAGGCUGCUUCUGCAGUGUCUUCCUCCUCGUCUGCUGCUUCCUCCUUCAAGUUAUUUUGUUUACAGAUAAGUCCAAAACUGAUAGUUUGCAUUUUGAGAACCUAGUCUAAAAUAGUUGGUAAUUUGAUUUUUCUUCUCUUACCCAAUCACUAAUUUUAGAGACACGGUCUUUUGCAGAAGGCAUUGCUCUUUUGUGCUGCACCAGAUAUUAGAUACGAUUCACCAGGAAAAAGGUUGAGGGAAGGCAGCAGGGAGGGGGUCACAGUGGCUGGCAGACUGUGGUCUCUGCUGUUUGCAACAGUCCUCAGUCAUUCUGCUUGAUGCAACUCUCUGAAGCCCUGUGCCAGCAGGCACUGUGCUCUGCCUGACUGUGGACCUGCUUGUUCCAGAACAAGCUUAGGCUUUGGGUUUUGGUGACACUGUAUUUAUGGAGGUGCAUGCAGUUCUUGUUAUGGCUGGGACAUAGAACUGUGGCUGGCUUUAGGACAACUGUAGAGACCUGCAAGGCUCAAACUAGUUCUGACAUAUGCAAACCCGCAUCACCUAUGUCUGUGCUCAGCAGCUUCUUGGUUAGGAAGGACACAUUCACUCUGUUGACAAGAGACAACUGCUGUCCAGUUUCUCAGGGCCUACAAACCAUUCCCUUUUCUGCAACAAACCACAAGAGGAGGAAGGGUUGGUAUAUUUAAGUUUCCAUUUCUUUAAAAUCUCUCUGUGUCUCUCUCUGUCUCCCUAUCUCUGUCUCUGUAUGUCUCUGUCUCUGUCUUUUUCUCUGUCUCUUUCUCGCUCUCUCAACAAAACAUGUAAGCCAGCCCUAAGUAGAGGGUGUAAUGUAUUGGUAGGAUUCAUAUGUAUUUAUGCCUCAUAAAAUUUAAAAAGUUUAUAAAAUUAAACUACCAUAAAAUGGAGUUGAAAACAAGAAAAAUCCAAAUAGCCACAUGAAGAUACUAUUUCCCCCAUAAUGGAUCAGUCAAUAUUUUCAAAGAUAAGUCUUCAUCUGGGGCUCAGUAGGAUGGGAAGAGAGAUGGUGUCACCUUCUAAGGUAUGAAAGUUUGCAGAAAAAAACAAACUCAAACACACCUUCAUGUGUAGCACUCUGCUAUCUUACCUCAGGGUCUGCUGUUUCUUUACUUGAUAAAGUUACCUGUAAAACAAGAGGUGUGAACUUGAAGCGUUUUACUGAGUGGCGUGAGAAGCAGAUGAUGGACAGAUAGCAUUCACCAGCUGUUAGGUAUAAUUUUUGAUGAAAAAAUAUCAAAGGUCUUUCUAGUUGAAAUUUACUACAGUGUGUUGGCGCAGAAGCCUAGGGCACUGUCUGGCGGUGAACCGGAAAACCAUUAGAGUCAAGGAGGUUUGGCUGUCGGUGCCUUGGAGUCUUUCACCCACUCAAUUCCCAUUCGAUUUUUGGAUAGAUUUCCUGAUAUGUCUGAAAAUUAUGUAAAUUAGAACUCAGGGGUUAAUUUAGAGAUAAUGUCAAAAAAAAUUAAGGAUCUCUUUGACUAAGAGAAUGGCACAUGUCUCUCUCUCUCUCUCUCUCUCUCUCUCUCUCUCUCUGUGUGUGUGUGUGUGUGUGUGUGUGUGUGUGUGUGUGUGUGUGUGUAUUUAGUGUGUUUUUCAGGACCAGAGAACAUUCAGUCACCUGGCAUUGUGUGUCAGCGAAGAGUAUGUUUAUCAGCCUCCUACUGAGCACUGUGCUGAGCUUAGGAUUUGCAUCUGUCUGGUUUUCAGAGGACUUUGAAGAUGAGGCCUUUGCCAGUUCUUAGUGAAAGGGCACCCAUAUUGCUUGGGGCUGGUAAGGAACGGGCUACGGGUAAGACAGUGUGCCAGUCAGACUUUGUGUUGCCGUGACCUAAAUACCAGAUAAAACCCACACAGGAGUUCCUCAUUUCACUCGCACUUCCUGAGCUUUUGGCCCUCACGGUGGCAGGGUGUGAUGGGGCAGAAUUGUUCAACUCAAGGCAACCAAACAAGCAACAUGGAGGAGCAAGAAGGUGCGAACUUCUAUGAUCCACUUCCUUCAGCUCUGCCUCACCACUGUUCGCCACCUCCCGAUGGCACCAUCAAUACCAUGAGAGCUUGAUACAUUCCUUGUCGGGCAAUCAUGAUCUAGACAUGUCUGGAACAUGUCACUGGCACCAAGAGAGGUGUAAGCACCCACCCACGUGGCUGCUUACAAUCGUCUGUGAUGCCAGUUGCAGAGGAUCGGACCGUCUCUUCUGCCCUCUGACAGCGCCUGGAGUGCACGUGGUGCCCAGGUAAUAUGUGCAGGCAAAAUCCCCUAUACAUCAGAGCAACACGAAUAAGCACAUUUUAGAAAGAAAUGUUUUAGAAAGAUAUGCUGUCGAUUUGUAUCCACUAAGAAAUACAAAUUACUAUGAUCCCAUUGGCUCUGUGGAAGGUAGAGAACAAAUGACUAACCCUAAUAGGACGAUGGUAUGACAGCCGUACGUCUAUCCCAAGAUGAGAAUGAGUUCAGGUGGGAUGGAGUAUAGGGAUGUUUAAGGGUUCUCUAUUUCCGACACGAUGACCAGGGGUUGUAUUGGGUUCCUCCCUUGAUGUAUUGCCAAAGAGAAAGAGAAAAUGAAAUUGGAAGAUCCCAGUUAGACAGUUAUUUCUAUGAGGCAUGGUAUUGAAAAGAAAUGCCCUCGUCUGAAGCUCUUUCAAGGGCCAUUAGCAUGAUUUCUGGGAUAAGAAAUGUUCAGUUAAGGUCACUGAGAAUCUGGUGCCUUGGCACAUAUUUCCAAUUAGAUAAUGACUUUCUGUAAGUGUCUCUGUCUGGUGAAGACUAUUGAUCUGCUCACGGAGCCAACUUUUGCAUUACUAUAAAUUACUUGGGCAACACUGCCAUUUUCAUACCUCACUUCUCAAAUUAGAAGUAUAGGACAAAAUCGGGAGGGAUACAGGAUUGAGAAGGCUGGUCAGCGUGUGGCUUUCCUUAGAAGAAAUGACAGAUGCAGUCUACAAGGUAUAUGGAAUUGGAACAAGAGAAAAAGGAAAAUGGAAGGACUGUUUUUACAAUUGCACACAGUUUGUGUUCCUCACUAAGGUUUUGAAAACAUGGUCCACAGCCUCUCUGAGCUCCUAGUGAAUAUGUUAGAUGGCUCUGUACCAUUUCAGCUGGAUGGAAAUGUGGCCAUUUGUUCUGGAGGCUCCUCUGGUUUCGGAAGAGUAUCUUAGCCUUGGCUUUCUUUAUUGAAACAUAGCAAAUAUCUAACAGGUUCCCAUCUUCCCAAGGGGCAAACAGACACAGCUUAUGCCUGUGAGACGUUAUGAAGGCUCAUGGUCCCUGAGAUCCGGGUGGCAUGUUGACUAAUGGGCUGAAUCUGACUCUCCUCACAUUCCAGGCUCCCUGAAACACGAUCCCCAGUGGAAGAACAGGCUAUUCCACCUCUCGGUCUCACACGGUUGUCUAUGGUCAUAAGCAGCUUCAGACUGAAGGGCACAUGGCCACAUUUUUGAACCAGGAUGGCCCACUUCAGGAUGAUGGCAGUGGUGGUGGGGGCAUCAUAGAGUAACCUGAUUCUUUCUCUCAUCAUCUCUAGUGCCUGUCCCACGAAUUACUUAUCCCAGAAAUCAUGAAUCAUGCUAAUAGCCCUUGAAAGAGCUUCAGAUGAGGGCAUUUCUUUUCAAUACCAUGCAUCAUAGAAAUAAUAGUCUAAUUGGGAUCUUCCAAUUUCAUUUUCUCUUUCUCUUUGGCAAUACAUCAAGGGAGGAACCCAAUAUGACCCCUGGUCAUUACUGUCUGCCUUCCCCUCUCAUCCUUUGGUGGAAUCCCACCCCACACAAAUACACAUAUAGUGUUUUAUGGCACACAGAGAAAUUUGUGUAAGGAGAAAGCUUUCUGUGAUUGCUUAAUGGGAUGAGUCCAGAAAAGGAAAGGAAACAACACCUCAGACCUCCGAGUACUGGGGAAUGUGGCUACACCUGGCCAGAAGUCAUCCAUCACAGACUCCUUGCUCUCUACAGAAAAGGGGGAGCAUAGGUUUCUAAGAGCUUCCUGGCUAGUGAGGUGUCUCACUUCUGCAACUCCCCAUUCUAUUGCUUUUGUCUUUCUGCACAUUAAUAACAUUGUCUUCUUUCCCUUCUAUUAAAUCUGUCAGCUUGUUCCAGUAAACCUUGAGAAGUGAGAGAUGGUGUUUCCCUUUGCACUUUGGAAACAAAACCCUUUAUGCCUCUUUGUGUUAGAAGAUCUGUGUGAUUUGGGGCUGAGGAGAUUGCUCAGCAAUUAAGAGAACUUACUCCUCUUGCAGAAGACCUGGGCUUUUCCCCCACCAGCACCCAUGGAGGAAAACACGCACAUCUUUAUCCCAUCUAAGGACCUGCAUCUUCUGCCCAGCCACUGCCUCCUUCCUCUUUGCUUGGCCCCUGCAGGCCAGUAGCCAGUCCUUCUCAUUCCUCUGGGUGUCUGACAUCAGUGUCCUUCAUUACCGAUGCUCCAGGGAACGUAUCUAAACACUAUCAAGCACUCCUGGAAGCUGGAAGCUUCUCCAUUUGGCAUAGAACAAGGGGAAGCAACCACUGUGGUUUCUGAAGCCUCACCUCAGGUGUACUAUUCUGUAAAGGAAUUCCUUUGCAUGCUUCUCAACUUAAACAUUUCCCUCUGUCCGUUUCUCUCUGUGUGUCUGUGUCUGUCUGUCUGUCUGUCUGUCUCUCUGUUUAUGUAUAUGAGUGCAUUCAUUCCACAGUGUACCUGUGAAGGUCAGAGGGCGGUCUAAGGUGACCUUUCACAUUGAGACAGUGUUAUUUACCAAUGAACAUGCCAUUUGAACUGGCCUGUCGUCUUCUGAGGAUUCCCUUGUCUUCACCUCCUACCUGGGUGCAUUGGGAUUGUAAACCCAUGGUACCAUGUCUGAUUUUAUGCAGAUUCUGGGCAGGCAUCUGCACUCUGAGCUUCACAUUUUGUGUGGCAAACACAUUACCCAUUGACCCAUCCUAGACCUCACUCUUUCCCUUUUGAUUCACUCUCUUGAGUCCCAACACACAUGCCUCUUAGGCAUCCUCCAAGCAAAUGGGCAACUGUCUGUCCUCACUCAAGCUUUGACCACCACCUUCCUCCCAGGUUCUGUUAGUACCUCAUUUUGGAAACAUUUUAUUUUAAGCCAUAGGGCUAAAAUAAAGACAGUCAAAGUCCUGUCCGUUGGCGUGUUUUGUUUGGUUUGUACCUUGUUUCUGUUGCUCUACAACUCUAGCUCAGAGAGGUGAUAUCAAACACACCUGCAGGGCAUUACUGUAUAAACACGGAAAGCUCAGAAUAAACAGAUUGGCAAGGUUCAGAGGCAGGUACGUCUGGCUUAGAAGACAAGGUGUCAGAGUUGUUGGGCAGUGUUGGCGUGAGCUGUGGGAUAUGAUGAUGCAAGGGGGCGGAGCGUGUGAGCCCAGUCAAUAUUGCAGCUCCAAGUCUUUUUUUUUUUUUUUUUUUUGCUAUAGUUUAUAUCUCUUUUAAACUAUAGGCUUUUCUUCCCCCAAGGCCAGAAGUGACCAUAAUUGUGAAUGUAUUUUACAAGUUGAGAAUACACAAUAAGAGAAAAAUAUAUCUCACAUAAGUUUGAGAAGAAAUUCAACAUGGUUGAAUGUGCACAAUAUGUUAUCGCGGUCACUGUUGUUUUGAGAAUCUGUUCAGCUACCUAAAUUUAUGAGUAUUUGCUACAUGCAAAAUAUAGCAUUACAUGGUAUAUUAAGAACCAGCAGGAUGGGGCGGGAGAGACAGCUCAAAGGUUAAGCGCACUGGUCUCUCUUCCAGAGGUCCUGAGUUCAACUCCCAGCAACCACAUGGUGGCUCACAAUUAUCUGUAAUGGGAUCUGGCACCCUCUUCUGGUGUGUCUGAAGACAGCAACAGUGUACUCACAUACACAAAAUUAAUAAAAUUAAAAAAAAAAAGGAACCAGCAGGAUGAAAAAACCUCUUGCCCUCCGUUUAAAAAAGCAAAACCAUUAAAAUGUACACCCUAUGCAUGUUCCUAACCAACCAUGGUCUUCCUUUUUAAGCUAUUUAUUUAUUUAAUUCUCGUGGGUGUUUUGCCAGCAUUAUGUUUGUGCACCACAUAUGUAUCUGAUGACCAUGGAAGCUAGACUCCAGAAGAGGGGACUGACGUUUCAGACUCUUGUGACCGGCCAUACAUGGUGCUGAGAAUUGAACCUGGGUCCCGUAAAGCAGCCAGUGCUCUUAACUGCCGAGCCCUCUCUCCAUCUCCUGAGCACCCACACACAACAGUUGAGACGCAGAGCCUCCAAACCUGCCAGGAAAGGGUGAGGUAAUCAGCAUGAGUUGGCAUCUUGCUUUGUGGAGGCCCGUAUUUCUGAGGUUAAUUGCAUCCAGAAUGUUUGCAUUUCUCGGUAGCCAAAGGAAUCCUAUUUAAAUGUUAGAUGUGCUCAACUAAGCACAACAUGAAGGAAUCAGAAAGAAGAAUCAAUUUUGUAUUACUCUCUGCAUCUCUCCCAACCCCCAAAUGCAAUGAAAACAACAAAUGAAAACCCAAGAGAAACACCACUGGCAUUCAAUCAUCUCCAAGGUCACUGUGGAGAAAUAUAGACUUCAAAAUCUAUUUUAAGCAACCAGAUAAUCAAACAGUAGCUGGCAUAAAGACAGCAAUCACAGCGGAGAAGGGGAGCUUGGGCCGGGCUGGAGGAGAUAUGAGUUCUAUUAUUAAAAUUAAGAGCUGCCCUUUCUGCAUCCUGACUGUGCCAAGUCCUACGCCAAGGCUUUCGUCAGUCCAGGAACAAUCUCAGGAGCUUUGGGCAAAUUGCUCCACUUCACUUUUCCUACAUCUGUAACAGGGGCCUGCGUCUUGGCUUUAGAAGGGGACAGAAUCAAUUCCUGUCCAUUUUUCAUGUCCUACUUGCCAAGGACCAGCCUCAGCUUGGAGAGGGAUUCUGAGGAAGGGGUGUUUGGGAGUGUUGAAAAAAAAUGGCUCCAAGUCAAAUCUUGAGUCCAAGAUGGCAGCCUAUGCUCUGCUGGAGACAGCUUUACAGCCUGCUUUCUCUCUGAUCUGUUUUCUCUGGAGAUCUCCAGACAGCUAUCUCUCUCUAUGUUCUGCUUGAGACAGUUCUCCAAGCAGUUCUCUCUUGCUAUUCUAAAAAGUUCUCUGACUAGCCCAUCUCUUGCAAACCAUAAGCCCCGUCUUUUGUUUUACAUAUUAAUCUAGUCAUUUUCUCCUUUUGAUUAUCCUGUGAAUCAGCAUCUGGUGACCCAGCACCUUAAUUCUUAGGAGACAGCAACUACACACUUCCUUUUAACAUUGCAAAAGAAUUCAGAGAUUUGUCUGCUUCUGUUAAGCACAGGCAAUAAGCUAGCUGGGUGGGAUCCAGUCCUGAAAUGACCAUUUCUAUCACACCUGGACCUAGACUCGCUGUGUUCAAGGCAUAAUUCAUAUUGCAGCCUUAUUUUUUGAGAAGUUAUAUAUUUUUGAGCCCAUGUUCUUAGAGUUUUUAUCCAUAGCCUUAAGGGCUGUCCUGAGGAUCCCAGCCUUUACCAUUUUGGUGAGACACUAGCCACACCUUCACCUCCCUGACUCAUGCUGUCUCAGAUUAUCAUGGAGUCUAACAUUAACAUGGAGGAUGUUCCUCAGAGGAACAUGAAAUAUGUACAUUAGUAUACAAACAAACACUAUGUCCACGGCAGCCAUCAACACUCAUAGAGACCCAUGCCUGCUGUCCCCAUCCCACAGGCAGGAAGCAUGUCAUUCUGUCCCCACCAGGCCAUGACAGACUGGUCACAUACAGUCCAAGUCCAGUUGCUCCUAUGAUAAAAGAGCUCUAUCUGAAAGUCAACCAACACUGUGAGGGUGAAGGAAGUUUGAGACGAAUGAGCAUUGGUAGAAGAGGCGGGGAUGGCCCACAGAGGCCCUGCUCACCACUACAGAAUGGGCCAUUCACCUUGCUUCCUAAGCAGACAAACUCCAGACCUCUGUACUUCACUUCCUGAACCCAUAGGAAGCAGGAGCCUUAGGCAGUGCCAUCUGGGACCCUCAUGGCUCUGGGUUUCCUUGGUUGAGCAUUGGUUUCUCCCCAUAUCUACUCCCUGUCCUUUCUGGCAAUAUCUUCAAAUAGUCACUCAUUGCAGGAGUCAGACUAUCAGCACAAAAGCUUAGGUUCAAACAGACAAAAGUGAACUCUGCCUCCUUAAGAAGGUUGCGUUUAAGCACAGAGACACCCAAGGACUGCUUGGGAACGCCUGCUGUCCAGAGAUAUUGAAUCUAUUGUGAUAGGCAUGUAUGGGUGCUGAGAACUGAACCUGAGUCCUUUAGAAAAGCAGCAAGUGCUCUUAACUGCAGAGCCAAAAUGACAGGAACCAAUUAGCCAACCAAUUAGACCAUACUCUGUAAGAAGGGGAAAUAGAAUAGAUAGUUAUGGAUGGAUGGGGUGGUAGUGUAAUGGAGGAUCAAAUGAGGAGAUAGAGGGAAGAAGCAGGUAAGGAAGGGAAUCUGGGGAGGGAAAGCUAAAGCUAAGAGUCAUGAAACCUACUGCAGUAUAAGUGUCUUAAAAUAUGCAUAAAUCAUCUGCUCCCAGGGCAGACCAAAGGAAGAUGACCAAGCACACACCCAGUCAUGCCAGCUUGCAGAGGCUGGAGGAGAGACUCAAGCCUCUGCCAUGGGUACCUCUAUGAUGGAUGGAUGUGUGAUGGAGACAUAGGAAAGAUGGCAUGGUGGAGAGAUGGGAGAGAAAACAAAGCCGAGGGGCUCGUACACUGCAGGGAGAGGUAGAACUGGAGACUUAAGGUGAUGAGGAACAGGCAGAUGUGAAGAGGCCAUCAUGAGGUGCUGGACCAGGCUGCUUCCAAGGGCCAUGUCUGGGUCCAUGUCUGUGUCGAUGUCUACGGCUUGAGUUGCCACCAAAGGCCAAGAGGACGUCCAUGUUCAUGGUCUGGACUGCCACCAGAUAGCAUGUUGAGGAUAUGGGGACACCAGGGCCCAUGCUACUACCAGGGACCAUGUCUGGGUUUGUGGUCCUAUGACAGCUGGGGUCUAUGUUGAUGUCCCAGGCCUGAGAAACCACCAAAGGCCAUGCAAUGUCCCUUAUCUGGACUGCCACCUGAGGCACUGUGCUGAGCUGGCCCUAUCCCUUGAGGGCUAUCCUCCUUCUGAGAACUGACCCUGCCCCUAGUUUGGACAGCCCAGUAGAGCUGACCCUCAUGGCAGGGGGUGUAGGUGAGCUGUCCCAAGGACCUGAGAGAAGGAGAGCUGAUCCUGCCCCUUGCUGGCUAGGCCAUUGGGUGAGCUAGCCAGGGCAAUGGCCAAGGCAAUUCCAAAGAAUGUAGUGACUACUAUUUUUAAAAAGGCACGUGAGCUGGGGCUGGGACUUAGCUCAGGGGCAGAGUAGGGAAUACUACGUACAAGACCCCAGCUUUGAUCUCCAACACUGCUGGGGGGUGGGACAGGAAAAUUCUUGUGUAAAAACAGCAACAAGUUAGGCCUGGUAAUGCAGGUGCGUUUCUGUUGAAAUAAUGAAAACUGUGUGGUAUUGGUAUUAAAUGGACAACUCCAUGGGACAGAAUAGGAAAUUAAACAAAAGGGCUGACCACGAGAGACUUCCCUUCCAGUCUGGGGUGAAGAUCAAGUGGGCAGCUCCUGGAGGCACAAUCUCUCAGCGUUCUAGAAGGAUAACAUUCUGAGAGACUUGGUGACUCAAAUGGAAAGUAAGUAAGUGGUAGGCAAUGAUGUAAGGGAUGAUGGAGGGCUUACCAAACCAAUCAAUACAAGAACAGCUUGACAGAUUCUAAAGCAUAGCAUUCCAGACUUCACAUCAAUAAAAUAAAAAAGGCUGUAGGCUAAGGAACGAGUUCUUACUGGGCCCAGAAGGUUACGAUCUCCCCUGACACAUGCUUGUAUAGGUACGCUCGCUGUGAUAGGAUCAAUACAUAUACCAAUAGAAAAAAAACCGGAAAAUAAUGUCAAGGGAAACAUUUUAAAUAAUAAAAAAUUACUAUUUAGUAUGAAAACAAGAAAGAUUUUAGAAAUUAAAGUCAACCACAUUAACCUUUGUCUAUCAAUCUGCAAUAUAUAUGCUCUAUUGUUAACUAAAAUCAGUAAUGUUUGGAAAAGGAGCACUUCAUACACUGCCUCACUGUGAUGAGUCAACGGUCUAGUUCAAGAUCUCUGGCAUCUGCGACACCAUCAAUAUUAGAUUCUCACUGGGACUUAGUUAUCCUGCUGUUUCCCUGUGUCAUGGAGAUACUGAAGCUUUAGAACAGUAGGCCUGGCCAUUUCACGAGUCCCAACUCUUUGCAGAUGAUGCAGAUGUUAGGAUGGGCCAACAUAGAGCCCUGGAUCUGGGCCUGGGUGGUGGCUAAGCUGCUCAGCCUGCCGGCGUUUCCUAUCUACACCAUCACUGAGAGCUCUCCAGCACUGCUCUGGCUAGGCCACCAAGUGCCACCAUCAGCAGGUAGCAGGGGCUGCUCUCACAACCUCAGGGCUGGCUUACCCAUAUCCACACCUAGAUCCAGAGCCAGCUCUGCUGGGUUGUCUAGUCAAGGCAUGGGGCCCUCUUUUCCAUGUGCUGCAAACUGUGAUGGGCUGGGCCAGCUCUCCUACUCCAAUACCCUCCAGGCUGCCUUUCUGUGCCUUGGCCAUCAGGGCCAGCUCUACUGUGUUGCCCAGGCGAGGUGCAGGGCCAGCUCUCCCAAGUGCUACAGACAGUGAGGUAGAAGGGCUACCUCUCCUGCUCUCAGGACCACAGGGCCAUCUCUUCUAGCUACUGUAGGUAUCAAGUGGGAAGGACAUCACCCCUGUACCCAUGCCACCUCAUGGCAGAUAAAUGUCAGGCCAGCUCUACAUUCUCUCCCUCAGGUCUGGCUUAUCUGCACCACCUCUGCCAGGGCCACACCUACUGUGCUGCCCAGGUGAUAUGCAGGGCCCGUUCUCCUGGAGCUGCAGCUCAAAGGGACAGCACUAGCUCUCCCACUCUCGACACUGGGGCCAGCUCUCCCAACUGCUGCAGGUGGUGAGGAAGAAGGAGAGUCUCAGUCUCUCCACCUGGGCCAUCUCAUGGUAGUUGAGUGGCAGGCUGAGCUUUCCCAUACUCAUGACCCUGGAGCUGGGUUAUUCUUACCCCAGGGCCAGCUUCACCGAGCCUGGGCAAGGCUCCUGAGUCCCGAUCUCCUGAGUGCUGCUGAUGGUGGGAAAUGGGGCCAGCUCUCCAGAGAGCAACAUCCAAUGAGAGGUGGGGGCAGCUAUGUAACUUCUCCACAUCCACCUGGCUCCCCACAGAGCCAGACAUGACCCUAAGGAGCAGUUCUGGAUAGGAUCUCAUCAUGGCCCCAGGUGGCAGGUGUGGCCUCUCACGACAGCCCAGGGAUAGUCCCAUGCGCAAUGGACUGGGCUUUCCUGCAGCAAUCGCUACUUAAUAAACUGCUCUGCAAGCUUGCCUCCAACCCCAUCUUAUGGAGGCACAUUCUCUAUUGGAGGCUCCCUCUUCUCUGAUGACUCUAGCUGGGUUCAAUGGACAUUAAAUUAGCAGGUACACCAGCUUAGGGGAGGAAGUUUGCCUGAGAGUUUAAGGAUAUAGUCCAUAACAGCCAGGAAGACAUAGCAGCCAAAGCUUGAGGCAGAUGGCCAUAUUGCAUCUGCAGCUGGAAGCAGAUGAAAGCCAUUACUCAUUUCAUCUUUCUGUUCUGUUUGUGACCACAGCCCGCCAUAGCCAGUGUGGGUGCUCAUCCUCAGUUAACCAAACCUGAAAACUUCCUCCAGACACACCUAAUAGACAUCUUUCCUUAGCAAGGAAAAAAAAAAGUCCCAUUUUUACAUUGCCGACCAGUAUUGCUUUGUAUGGAUUUAACACACUUCACCAACUAUACCAUCGAUAAAAACGUAACAUUUUUCCUCUUCAGAGUUGUAAGUACUCUUGUAGUGAUUAACUCUGAGUAUGCAUUUGUACAUGUGCACGGAUACUUCUUUUUUUUAAAAAAGAUUUAUUUAUUUUAUUUUGUAUAUGAGUACACUGUAGCUGUCUUCAGACACACCAGAAGAGGGCAUCAGAUCCUAUUACAGAUGAUUGUGAGCCACCAUGUGGUUGCUGGGAUUUGAACUCAGGACCACUGGAAGAGCAGUCGGUGCUCUUAACGACUGAGCCAUCUCUCCAGCCCUGCACAGAUACUUCAAGUGGAAAACUCUUAGACGUAUGAUAAAAAUGUGACUUUGCUUGCAGUAGCUAUGAACGUGUUUAGUUCCUCCGUCUGUCUGAUUGCCGUGUGUAGUAACUUGUUGGCUAUUAGUAAGCUCAGAGUCCUUCCACAGUUCUAGAUUUUAUCUGCCCUCAGACCAUUUUCCCUCUUCCAGUUUUGAAUUCUGGGAACAGUUCUCUUGUGAAGAAUCUACUUCCUGUUUUGAGAGAGGUUUCUUCUGCUUCUCUCAGUUCUGGAAAUGGGCUUAUUGCUCAACGUAGCCAAUCAUAGCACUCUGUCCAGAAAAGUGAUAAUUAUUUGUAUGUUGUACUGGCUGGUUUUAUUGCUAUAAUUUUCCUGACAAGCUAAAGUCAUCCGAGAGGAGGGAACUUCAAUGAAGAAACUACUUCCGUAGUUUCUUUUAAAAAUCUUUUAAAAAAGAUUUAAUAAAUAAAUCUUAAAAAAAGAGAAGUAUCCGUGCACAUGUACAAAUGCAUACUCAGAGUUAAUCACUACAAGAGUACUUACAAGACUGUAGGGCAUUUUCUUAAUAAGUGAUUCCUGGGGAGAGCCAAGCCCACUGUAGCUGUUGCCAUUCCUGGGCUGGUGGUCCCAGGUUUGACAAGAAAACAGGCUGAGCAAGCCACAGGGAGCAAGCCAGAAAGCAGCACCCCUCCAAUGGCCACUGCGUCCGUUCCUGCCUUUAGGGUUUAGUUCUGCGUGAGUUCUUGCCCUCACUACUUUUGAUAAUGAACUGUUAUAUGGAACUGAGUGAAAUAAACCCUUUCCUCCCCAAGUUGAUUUUGGUCAUGGUGUUUCAUCACAGCAGUAAUAAUCAAAACCAAACACGUGUGGACAGUUUAUUCAAGUUGAAUCAAUGGAGAUCACCCCCAGCAUGUUUUGAAGUAACAGUUGGAGUAAAGAAUGCUAUCUCUCUCUGAAGUUUCUGAGGUUCUAGUAUAUGAAGUUAGAAUUCUCACUGGCCACUUUUGCUUUCUGAAUUUGUCAAGUUAUCCUUGUCACCUUGAUAUAGCCUACAGUCAUCAGGGAAGAAAGCCUCAACUGAGGAAUUGUAUGGCUCAGAUUGACCUGUGGCUCUGUAUUUAGGGGAUUGUCUUGUUAAUUGAUGUGGGAUUCACCGGGGCACCAUUCCCACCUAAGGUAGCAAGUAGUCCUGGGUGAUAUUAGAAAGGAGGAGCCUUAGUGAGCGAGCCUUCACAACACUCAUUGGUGGUUUCUGCUGUCGUUUCUUGGCUCUGAGUGAGCUCCCUGGUUGGAGGUAAUGCUCGCUGUAAGGAAUAGCCAGAAGACCUGCCUACUGGUUCCUACCUAGAUGUCUUGACCGGAUUUCCCUCAGUGAGACACUAUGACUUGAAAGUUUAAACCAAAUAACACUCUUCCUCCCCACUUCAUUUUAGGCCAGUGUUGGGGACAUAAGUGAGACCAUUCUGUGUAACUUGGAACCAUUUGAUGUGAUUUGGAAUAAUGCAAUGCAUGAAAGCUGCCAUAAGGCAGCUCAGAUACAGCCAAGCCCGAGACAGGCCUUGAUAGCUAAUGAACUAAUCUCAAGGUGGCAUUGAUUUGAGCCCUAAGCUGUGAACCCCAAUAGUGAAAAAAUUGCAGCUUUGGAGGUAACCCCUAGGAUUGCAAUGCUGUUCUCCGAUCAAUGAUAUUAAUACCCAUUGGCAAGAGUACUUUGAGACUGACCUCUGUAUAUGCCCCUGGCUCUGGAGACCUUUGAACCUAUGGCACCAUUGCUGAAAUCAUGUGUCCACCUGUCAGUGAUAACCACCCACAAAUGUGCUCAAUGACCUCCACCAGAGCCAUCCUCCUGGUGUGGAUGAUGAAUCAGAGAAAACCCUGCCUCAGCCAACUGUUCCCACUUAGAGAGACGUAUAUUUAGCCUUUAUAUUAGCAUGGUAGAUUAAGGAAUAUGUGUGUGUGAAUAAAGCAAGCAUAUUUGACAGACAAAUCUCGCUCUUCGCCCAAUCUACUGAGAGAAUGUAGACCAUUCUCAGCAGUCAGAAAAUGUCGACAUCGUUCUGAAGGGGCGCACGGUCACUGUGAAGGGCCCCAGGGGAACUCUGCGGAGGGACUUCAAUCACAUCUAUGUAGAGCUGAGUCUUUGUGGAAAGGAAAAGGAAAGGCUCUGUGAUGACAAAUGGUGGUGGUGGUGGUGGUGGUGAGUAACGGAAAGGAGUGGCCACUGUCAGAACCAUCUGCAGUCGUGUUCAGAACAUGAUCAAGGGUGUGACACUGGGCUUCCAUUACAAGAUGAGGUCUGUGGAUGCUCACUUCCCUGUCAAGGUCGUUAUUCAGGAGAAUGGGUCUCUGGAUGAAAUCCGAAAUUCCUUGGGUGAAAAAUACAUCCAAUCCACAGAGUUCAGAUGAGGACAGGCGUUGCUUGUUCUGUCUCUCAAGCCCCGCAGGAUGAAUUAAUCCUUGAAGGAAAUGAUAUUGAGCUUUCUUCCAUUUCAGCGGCUCUGAUUCAGCCACAACAGUUAGGAACAAGGCUAUCAGGAAGGUUUUGGAUGGCAUCCGUGUGUCUGACGAGGGAACCGUGCAGCAGCCUGACGAGAGAGACCUCAGUUUCCUGGCUCCAGAAACAAGAUCCUGAUCACAAGGACAAUGUGGGCUCUUUGAGGACGAUGAAAUACUUACAUGUUGUUAGGAAAGAAAGAAAGAGAGAGAAAAAGAAAGAAAGAGAGAGAAAGAAA